ACACGCGCUUUGUUUAUGUAUGACAAAGAGUUAAAGAGUGGAGGAUACUGAUUCCCUUAUCCACACAUGUUCUGUCUCCAAGAAUCUAAUCUUAAAGUUAAAAUAAUAAUAGAAAAGGGUUGCAGCAACACUGUGUCUUAUAUCUCCUCUCCUCCAUUGCCACUUAUCAAAGAAGUAUCAAUGGCUGAAGCAUUCACCUUCACAAACCUUCAUGUCCCGUCUUACUCGAGUUACUCGCCUAAGCAGUUUUCAGGGACAACUCACGGAUGGCAAUCUAUGAAACAGAAUGAGAAGAGGGAAAAGAAUGUGAUGAGAGGAAGCUUAUGUGUAAGAAAGGCAUUGCCACAUGAUUUGCCACUAAUGGCUGUGAUGGUUCAACAAAUUGAAGGGAUGCGUGAUAUCAUUACAGAGAAACACGUGUGGCAUCUAAAUGAUAAAGCCAUCAAGAAUGUCUAUUUGUUCUACAUCAUGUUCACUUGUUGGGGAUGCCUGUACUUUGGUUCCGCAAAAGAUCCAUUCUAUGACUCGGAGGAGUACCGUGGAGAUGGAGGUGAUGGAACCGGAUAUUGGGUCUAUGAAACUCAAGAAGACAUAGAAGAGAAAGCAAGAGCAGAGUUAUGGCGUGAAGAACUUAUCGAAGAAAUUGAACAGAAAGUUGGUGGGUUAAGAGAGCUCGAAGAAGCUGUUACCAAGUAGACAACUAACUUGUAAAUCAUAAACAAAUUAUGCACAUAUAUAUAUUUUUUUUGUCAACAUGCACAUAUAUUUUAUUUCUUUGAUAACGGUCAUAAACCACUCUUCCAUUUAUAUAAUAUAUAUGUUAUCUGUA